GAUGAGAAGCUCUCCUAGCUACCUCUAUUAUAAGCUCCGCCUAGCUACCACAUUUUCUCCUAGUACCCUCAGCCGAGCUCCUUCCUUCUCUAUGGAAGAGACCAGAAAUUUAGACUCUGAGGUUCAAACAACCUCAGCAUCUUCCUAUUCAUUUCCUUUUCCAACAAAUAUUUCAGCACAAAAAAGUUGUAAGACAGUUGAGAAAGCGAAAAUUGGUAAUGAAAGUAAGAAGAAAAAGGUGAAGACGAGUGGGGAUGACGGUAGGCACCCAAUGUACAGGGGAGUAAGAAUACGUCAAUGGGGAAAAUGGGUAUCAGAGAUCAGGGAACCAAAGAAGAAAUCAAGGAUUUGGCUAGGGACAUUCCCUACACCAGAAAUGGCGGCUCGAGCUCAUGAUGUUGCGGCUCUUACAAUCAAAGGCCAGUCAGCUUAUCUCAAUUUCCCGGAGCUGGCUCAAGAACUACCCCGGCCGGCUAGCUCAUCUCCCAGGGAUAUCCAAGCUGCUGCAGCCAAAGCAGCAGGUAUGAACUUCUCUACAAGUAAUAUUAUUAAUGAAGCUGAAGCCACGCUGAGCCAAUCCUUGCCGAAGGCUCCCCACUCCCCGAGUUCAACCAUGGCCUCCCUUGACACCCAAGACUCAUCAACUUCACCCAUCAUCGACAACGUCGUCGUCGAUGGAGACCACAACGACGCCGCCUUUUAUGACCUUCCCGAUCUCCCGGUCAACGAGUUCUGUUACUCAUCAACAUGGCAGCUGACUGGAGCUGAGCCUGUGGAUACCUGUCUCCGGCUUGAGGAACCCUUUUUAUGGGGGUUCUAUUAGAGAGAACACACCCAGCCGUGCUUCAAAUGCCAACAUUAGAUAAUUUUUGUCCAAGAUGUUGCUGACUUCUCCACCUUUUGGACAAUGCCCGGGGAAAGGAAGUUUCAAGUUCAUAUCUCUGCAGGUUUGAUCCACUGUAGAGGCGUUUACUACAGUUUGAAACAUGCAGUUGUUCCGUUAUGGUCAGAAUUUAAAAUUGGUGCAUUUAAAAGUGUAUAAAAUUUUAAACGUUUUUUAAAAUAUUUAAAUAAUAUCAAAUAAUGUACACCGUUAAAUA